CUGAGCUGAAACGGCUAGUCGGUUAAUUGACUAGUUUAUUUUUGACGCAACAAUUAUGAUCGAUUAAUUAAAUAACUAAAAAUGCCAAUGAUACGCCGUUUCUAGCUCCUCAAAUGUAAAUGAAUAUUUGCUAGUUUUCACUUUUUUUCUGACAGGUCACAAUAACGAUUAAUCAAGAAAAUGACCUGCAGAUUAUUGAUUAGGUAAAUAAUCCUCAGUUGCAGCCCUAGAUGGAUGUUUUUUAUCUUAAAUUUCUACAUAAAUGAGCCUUUUUAACACAUUCAUAUAAUUAUUGAGUCUUUCUGUCUCAUCUUACCUGGCUCACCUUGUUCUCAUACAGCCUGUCUUGUCCUAAACACACCACGGGGGGCGGUAGCGAGUCCAUUUCAAAAGGUCUCAUCGUUUUUAUUGAAAAGUUGGGGUUGAUGGGUCAUAAAUGAUCAUAUGUCGAGGACUCUGCAGAGGUCUUCAGUCAUGUUUUACGAGGGUCCUGUAUCUACGGCCUGACGGCAGUAGUGUGAAGUGUGGAUUGACGGGGUGAUCAGUGUCAUUCGCUAUUCUGAGUGUGAGACGUGUGAUGGAUCUGUUGUUUAUUUCUGAGAGGUUGGGCGUAGGGGAGUGGAUGAUUUUGGAGGCAGCAUAUGUGAUCCUGAACUCCGCAUGGAAGAAACACAAAAAUUGCGGGACUUCAUCUCUUCUUCCUAUGACCCCCAAGAACCCCCAGCAGUGGCUGCAAGUGGUCGGACAUGCAGGGUGCUUUCAUGUUGGGGAUUAUGGCACGCUGCUGAAGAGGUUUUGUGAGGGGGAGCGACAAUGCUACCUGAAGCUGAUGGAGGACACUCUCAGGCCCUUUGUUCCAGCCUACCACGGUGUUGUGCAGCGGGACGAGCAGGAUUACAACAUGAUGGAUAACUUGCUGACCCACUUCAACACACCUGCUAUCAUGGACUGCAAGAUGGGCAGCCGCACAUACCAGGAGGAGGAGCUGCUGAUGGCCCAAGAGCGGCCCCAGCCUCGUAAGGACAUGUACGAGAAGAUGGUGGCUGUGGACCCAGAGGCCCCAACAGACCAGGAACGAGCCCAGCAGGCAGUGCUGAAAACCAGGUACAUGCAGUGGAGGGAGACCCUGAGCUCCACAGCAACUCUGGGUUUCCGUAUCGAAGGAUUCAGGAAAGCUAAUGAAGAAUGUCACACAAACUUCAAAAGGACCAAAAGCAGAGAGCAAGUGACAGAAGCACUUGACAACUUUGUUGAGUCCAAUACACACAUUGUGUGGGGCUAUCUGAGACGGCUGAAACAGUUGCGGCAGGUGUUGGAGACAUCACACUUCUUCAGGACACAUGAGGUUGUGGGUAGUUCCUUACUGUUUGUGCACGACUGGAAUGGCCAAACAGGCAUCUGGAUGAUUGACUUUGGAAAGACAGUGGCCUUGCCGGCGCCCCUCACCUUGGACCACCGCACUCCCUGGGUAGAGGGUAAUCGAGAAGAUGGCUACCUGUGGGGUCUGGACAACCUCAUUGAUAUACUAGCCAACAUGCUGCCACUGACCUGAAAAGACCACAUGAAAAACAUGUGGAAAUUUACUCUCAAUCCUUCCUUCACCUCUUGCUGCAGAUGGAUUGGUUUCUGAAAUGGUUGUGUUGUCAGAAUAGAGGAAAUGAACUUUAGAGGAAAAUAUAGUAAUGAGGGUGUAAAAUGGAAGAUGUGGUUGAUUACAAUAACAAGAAAUAUUGCAAAAAUGAACUGAAAGCUGGCAUGAACAGAUUUUAUCAGUAAAUCAGGCACACAACUCUGAUUAAAUGAUCAUUAGUAAUUUAUGAGAUCCCUUAGCAACCUGAGCCUUUACAGUAAAUCCAGUGUGACCACUGCUUAGACCUACACUCAGCUGCGCUCGCUGACACUGAGCCAAACACAGUCUCAGUUUACAGCUUCACCAGGAGACGUCCGACCCUACUGCGUUGAGAUGUCCUGCUUGUUAUUUCAGGAAACAUAUGGAACUUGCAAUUAUAAGCUAAUUGGAUGCCUCCUCUGGCUUAAGAUGAUCGGUAGUUAAAAUGUCACACUGUGUCAUUAAAAUGGUGCUAAAACUAUGAUGCCAAAAAGUGAACUGAUAUUUCAUUAUUUCAUAACUAUUUCACCAUCAGUAUUUGCUAAGGUUUAAAUGCAUCAUUUGCAUAGAUAUGAUAUUUUGCUGUGUAGGAAUGAGAAACAGUCAGUAUUGUGGCUUAUUACACAGUGACACAUACAUGUUCACAUCAGAUUGUUAAAUAAUUUCACCAUUCAUGCGUCAGUAUUAGUGUUCCUUGUAGUCCAACAAAAUUAGACUUUUGCAUAUACUAUAGUGAUUUAUGGGGUUGAUGGUUUAAUUUUCACAUUACGUUUUAUAUUAUUUUCCGGGUUGUCUUUGUACUUUUAACUAUGAGGAAUGAAUGUUUGUGUUUCACCUAAAAGUCCAACUUAAGACCCAAAGGUAGCAACAGUGGGUAAACAUAUAUGAUGCAUUGUAUUUCAGUACCAUGAUGAGUAAUAUUGCAACACAAUAUUUCUACAUUUAUUGAUUUAAUUACUAGUGAGUAGAAUUUAUGCUUUUAUAUGCUGUUAACAAAAUCUUAUGAUUAGUUUGUUGUCAAUGUCACAUUGGCAUUUUGAUAUUUUUUGGACACAAACUGUCCUCAUUUAUUCUCUCUGUUGCUGACACCUUGACAGAAACUCUCUGGUUGAAAUGUGUAUCUGUCUCAGUAUCAGUUAUUAAUCGCAGUGUUUUUAUUCUCUUCUGAGGAAUGAAGGUCGAUGAUAUUUAAUGUUUCUACUCUGUUUCGGAUCACUGAAAACAAUCAAGCAGAUUGUGAUUUCUGCAUUUCUGCCUUCAUACAAGAUCAGUCAAAAUAAUUAACAAAUUGCAGACUGACUUUGGAUUAAAGUUACCCUUUUGGCUAAAUUUAACACCCAUAAAUAAACCAAUAGACAACAAAUAAGCAAAUAAAAAUAUUUGUAUUUGAGUAAAUUACUUAAGGAUGAGAAUAUUUGAAAAAGUACGUUGUUAAUUUUGUGCCAAUGUCAUAUUUAGAUCCUGGCUUUACUGAAUUUUAACAUGCAAAGUUGAAUCUUUUGUACAUGGACAUUAACAUUUUUGGUUUGUUAAAUGAAGCACAAAAUUAAGCUCAUCGUAUACAAUUCUUAAUAAAGUAAUUAUAUCUUGUAA